AAAAUAAAAGUGAUGCGUCUAGUUUUAAAAACCCAUCACACAUCCAACGGCCCACGCCCACCAAAUACUAAUAUAGAAACCCUAGAAACCUCUCUCUACUUCAUUCUCUCUCUACAGCCGUCGUCGUGUGUAUUCUCUCUCCUCUCCAAUUUACACACACGCGCCACCGUUCCCCGAAUCGUGAAAGAUGGCGGUCUCGAAUGAUUACGAUCUGCUCAACCCGCCGGCGGAGCUCGAGAAGAGGAAGCACAAACUCAAGCGCCUCGUACAAUCCCCAAAUUCUUUCUUCAUGGAUGUCAAGUGUCAGGGUUGCUUCAACAUAACCACGGUGUUCAGCCACUCUCAGACGGUGGUCGUCUGUGGCAACUGCCAGACUGUGCUCUGCCAACCCACCGGAGGGCGUGCUAGGCUCACAGAGGGAUGCUCAUUUAGAAGAAAGGGUGAUUAAUUUUAAAUCUACUUUUGAUUGUAUUUACAUUAUUAUGAUAGUGAAAAAAAUGAUAUUCUGAGAGGAUUUUUUGGUUUAAUGUGACUGAGUAACUGUUGUGUUAUUUAUCUAGAUUUUUAUGAUUGGAUAUUGCAAUUCGGUUUAUAUUAAAUUAUCCCUUUUCCUCUUA